GCGAGACUCCCUGAUGCCUAGAUCCCGGGAGCAUUAUGGAUUUGACUAAAAUGGGUCUGAUACAGCUCCAGAACCCCAGCCACGCCACGGGCCUCCUGCAGAAAGCCAACCAGAUGCGCCUGGCGGGGACCUUGUGUGACGUGGUGAUCCUGGUGGACAGCCAGGAGUUCCACGCUCACCGGACCGUGUUGGCUUGCACCAGCAAAAUGUUUGAAAUCCUGUUCCACCGCAACAGUCAGCAUUACACCCUGGACUUUCUCUCGCCAAAGACUUUCCAGCAGAUCCUGGAGUAUGCCUACACGGCCACCUUGCAGGCAAAAGUGGAGGACUUGGACGACCUCCUGUACGCCGCCGAGAUCCUCGAGAUCGAGUACCUGGAGGAACAGUGCUUGAAAAUCUUGGAGACCAUCCAGGCUUCCGAAGACAACGACACCGAGGUCAACAUGGCCGACGGAGGCGCUGAAGAGGAGGACGAACGGAAGUCGAAAUUCGUGAAGAAUAUUCUCAUCUCGAAGCAUUCCAGUGAAGAGAGCGGCUACUCCAGUCUGGCCAGCCAGAGCUUGACAGGGACGCUGGUGGAGCAGAGCCCUUCUGUGUCCACCUCCUUCGGACUCUCCGCCAUGAGUCCCACCAAGGCGGCGGUUGACAGCCUGAUGUCCAUUGGCCAGUCGCUGCUGCAGGGGGCUUUGCAGCAGCAGAACACCCCCGAGGGCUCACACGUGGCCAGCGGCCGCCGCCCCAGCCUGUCCGAAGUGAAAACCGAAGCCAUGCAGGUGGAGGAGGCCUUGAGCCAUGAGAGUCCCGGGUCGGCUGACUUGAGCGCUUCCGUCGGGGACAAGAUAGAUGACAAAGGCAAGCAGGGGCCCGGCACCCCCACGCGCAGCAGCGUGAUCACCAGCGCCCGCGAACUGCAUUACACCCGGGACGAAAAUGCGGAGCAGCCCUCCGAGGGGGUCCUGGGCACGCCGGUCGGGCCAGAGCUGAUGGUCUCUCACGGCGAGAAGCCGAUGGGCCUCUACUCUGUGCUCCCGAACCACAAAAGUGACUCCAUGCUGAGCAUCCCUUCCUCCAUGGCCCCUGCCUUGCACAUGCAACCUGCCCUGGCUGUGUCCAUGGACUUCAGUGCCUACGGGGGGCUUCUGCCCCAGGGCUUCAUUCAGAGAGAGCUGUUCAGCAAGCUCGGGGAACUGGCCGUGGGUAUAAAAACCGAGGCCCGGGCCCUGUCCGAGCAGUGCAGCGUCUGUGGGGCGGAGCUGCCGGACAACGAGACGGUGGAACAACACAGAAAACUGCACAGUGGAAUGAAGACAUACGGGUGCGAAUUAUGCGGGAAAAGGUUCCUGGACAGCCUGCGCCUCCGGAUGCACUUAUUGGCUCAUUCAGCGGGUGCCAAAGCCUUUGUCUGCGAUCACUGUGGUGCACAGUUCUCUAAAGAAGAUGCCCUGGAGAGUCACCGGCAAACACACACCGGCUCUGACAUGGCCGUCUUCUGCCUCCUCUGCGGGAAACGGUUCCAGACUCAAACUGCUCUCCAGCAGCACAUGGAAGUCCAUGCAGGGGUGCGCAGCUACAUCUGCAGCGAGUGCAACCGCACCUUCCCCAGCCACACGGCACUCAAGAGGCACCUGCGCUCCCAUACGGGAGACCACCCAUACGAGUGCGAAUUCUGUGGCAGCUGCUUCCGGGACGAGAGCACUUUGAAAGGCCACAAACGUAUCCACACUGGAGAGAAGCCCUACGAAUGCAACGGCUGCGGGAAGAAGUUCAGCCUCAAGCAUCAGCUGGAGACCCACUACCGGGUCCACACAGGCGAGAAGCCCUUUGAGUGCAAGCUGUGCCACCAGCGGUCCCGAGAUUACUCCGCCAUGAUCAAGCACCUCAGGACCCACAACGGAGCAUCGCCGUACCAGUGCACCAUCUGCCUGGAGUACUGCCCCAGCCUUUCCGCCAUGCAGAAACACAUGAAGGGCCACAAGCCGGAGGAGAUCCCCACCGACUGGAGGAUAGAGAAGACCUAUCUGUACCUUUGCUAUGUCUAAAGGAAGGGACAAGAGGAGGGACGGAGGGAUGACGGACUGGGCAAAACCCUGA